AGAUUAUUAAAUUACAGUUUAUUAUUUGUUAUUCUUGGAGGAUAUAGCUAAAAGAUGAAAGUAUCGGACCAUAUAUUAUGUCAUACCAUUAAUACCACCGUCCCCGUCCUCGAUGCAGGAGACAAUGCCUCUCAUAACCUCAACAAACAUAAUUUGACAACUGAAAGAGUUAAAUAUUUAUGAUAAAUAUUCGAAAAUGUUUUUACAAGAAUUUCAAGCUGUAAUUUUAGCAGCUGGGAAAGGUUCUAGAUUUUGUGAAAUUACUUCUAACAAGCCCAAAUGCUUAUUACCUGUGGGCAACAAGCCACUUAUUUGGUACUCACUGCACAAACUUCAACAGUCAGGCUUUAAAGAUGUGAUAGUUAUUGUAUUGGAAAAUCAGAAGCUAGAAAUACAGAGUACCUUAGACAAUUAUAACUUAAAAAUUAAUAUAGAGUAUGUGACAAUACCAGGCAAUGAAGAUUUAGGUACAGCCGAUUCCUUAAAGAGGAUAAGUGAUAAGAUUAAGACAGACCUUUUUGUUGUAACAUGUGAUAUAAUAACUGAUAUUAAUUUUAAAUAUCUGGUGGAUCUAUUUAGAAAGCAUAAUGCAUCUGUUUGUACAUUAUUUUUAAAUCCUCAACAAGAUCAAUUGGUAGUUCCAGGGCCUAAAUCAAAAUAUAAGCCAGAGAAAGAUUUGGUUGGAAUAGAUGAACAAACAAAUAGAUUGGUAUUUCUGGCUUCAAUAAGUGAUUUUGAAAAUUAUGUACCCCUAUCAAGAAAACUUUUAAGAAAACAUCCCCAUGUUAAGUUACAUACGAACCUUAUUGAUUCCCAUGUGUAUAUAAUUAAAAAGUGGAUAGUGGAUUAUUUGCAACAGGAAGAUAUUUCAACACUGAAAGGAGAACUUUUGCCUCACAUUGUUAAAAAGCAGUUAUUAAAACCUACACAAUCAGAUACAAAUGCUUCUUUGAUUAAUAUCAAAGAUAAGAAUGAUAUAUUUCAUUUUGCUAAGGAGUCAGAAUUAGAUUUGUUAAUCCGCGAGAAAUCCACUUUUAAUGAUCAUAUUGGAGAUUUAAGAUCUUGUUAUCAUGAUGAUGUAAUUAGGUGUUAUGCAUGUAUUGCUGAUUGUAACAGUGUUGGAAUUCGAGUCAAUACAUUGCCUUCAUACUGGAUAGCAAAUAAUAAGAUAACAGAGAUUUGGGAAAAGAUAACAAAUGGGGAGAAGUUGGCAAUGAUUGGCCCUUUGGCUGAAAUUAAAUCAACUCAAGUGGAUAACAAAUGCUUAAUAUGGGAUGGUUCCAAAUUACAUGAAAAAACUUCUUUUAAAAAUAGCACAAUUGGAUCAAAUACUGAAGUUUUUAGUUUUUCACGGGUUUUUAAUUCAUUAGUAAUGAAUAAUGUGACCAUAAAAGAAAAAGUGUCAAUUGAAAAUUGUAUAAUUUGUGAUGGCGUUACAUUAGAGAAUGGUUCACAAUUAAAAAACUGUGUUGUUGGAGGGAAUCAUACUGUUACCGAAAAUUCUCAACAUACAAAUGAAGUCUUGACUAUUGCAGAACAACUAAUGGAAUUUUAAUAGAUAUAUGUAUUUAUAAUAAAAGCGACAAAAAAUAAACUAUUUCAGCUAUA